CAGAACAAGAGUUUGUCGGCGGCAAACAGCAAGCAACUGGCAGCAGAGUCAGGAAGCCAACUUUUAGUCGAUAAAACGUCGCGAUCGCAUCCACAUCGUUUGUGCUCUCGGGGGUACCCAUCAUAGGUGGUCCGCUUUACAGCGUUUGGGGGAAAAACACAAUCGAAUCGAAGGCGAAUUGCGCGCAUCGAAACGGAACAAAAAGGACAACCGAUCGAGGCUAGUGGUGCUGGUGCUGUGGUGGUACGGUUUGUGUUGCGCAUUUGUGUGUGUUUGUCUGUGCGACACGCCUGCUUUGUGUUUCGGAAACGCGGCCUUUGCGCUCGCGCGGGUUGGGUGUUUUUGACAGUUACGCCGGGUUGCAAGGCGCGCCGGGCUGAUCUUGACGGGCCGUGAAACGGAAGUUUACCGCUGCAUUUCGAAAGGUUUAUAGGGUGCUUUACAUGUCCGGCGAGUGAGUGGCCAGGGUAGUAGUUACCUGUGUGCGGUAGUUAAUUAGGUGAAAUUUCGCGCUGUCAGAUUUUGUUGUUUCCUGUUAUAAGGUCAGAGUCGCGGCAGCGUGAGUGUUCAGAAGUUCAAAAUUUCCCGUUGAUUGAAUAUAUUGGUGAUUAUUUUAUGGAUACAACUAGUUGUUGCCAUCUGAGAUUGUGAUUAUACGAAAAACGUGCUGUCGACGCAUUUUACGUGUUCGUGUCCGGGAGAGUAAGUGUAGCCUUGAUCCACAGCUGAGAGUGCGGUGUUUGGUUUAUAAAUAGUUUGUCGUUUGGUGGUGAAUGCGGUAAUUGUCCGAAAAGUCAAAGUGAAUAAAUGGUGAUUUAACAACCGCCCACAAGAUCGUAUUUUAUCGAAGGUGAAAAUUUACGUGUGUAGAUUUAAACGAGUUCAGUUCAGGAGGUGAAUAGAAAUCGGGCGACGUCUGGUCUACUUAACAGAAGACAGAAACCAUCGCUUAACUGGGAGCCACCCCACUGCAUGGAAGCAGAAGUGCUCUGAGAGAGAAUUUGUAAAUAUACACAAUGACAAAACUGUUUGAAGAAAAUCGAAACGAUGGCCAGCGUGGUGGUGCUGGUGACGGUGGUGACAUGGCCUGGACCAAGCUGUUAGCGGACCAGAACACCCCGAGUCCGGUGAUCGUCAAGGCGGAUGACGUCGCACGGGAUGUCAUUGUAACCAUUGACCCGGACACGGGCAAGGAGAUUGUGACGCAACCGGUGGACGGUGCUAGCGGGCGCCGCCGGGAGUCCAUUAUCGGAUCAUUCCACCGGCAGCUGCGAAUGUCGCUGAAGGCGGUCAGCGAGGGGCCCGGACCAUUUACAAGAUAUCGCCAAACAAGGUUCUCGUCGCGACGCAUUCGCAAGAGGGUGAUAUUCAAGCAUGGUGAUUGCAACGUGGUGCAGGGAAAUGUUGCCAAACGAAGGCGUCGAUAUUUGCAGGACAUUUUUACCACGCUGGUCGACAUUCAAUGGCGCUGGACGCUGAUGGUGUUUGCCUUUAGCUUCAUCCUAUCGUGGCUCGGUUUCGGAACCAUUUGGUACCUGAUCGGAUUCAGUCACGGCGAUAUUAUUGCUCACGCCCAAGGAGAUUCAGAACACCGUCCGUGCGUCACCUCAAUCUUUGGCUUCACGUCGGCAUUCCUGUUUUCGAUGGAAACCCAGUCCACCAUCGGUUACGGGAACCGGUUCGUGACGGAGGAAUGUCCGGAGGCGGUCUUUAUCCUAGCCUUGCAGAGCAUAACCGGUGUAUUUAUUCAGGCAUUUAUGGUGGGAAUCGUUUUCGCCAAACUAUCCCGACCGAAGAAGCGUGCCCAGACGUUGCUGUUUUCGCGUAACGCCGUUAUCUGCCACCGGGACGGAGUGCCCUGUCUGAUGUUCCGAGUGGGAGAUAUGCGCAAAAGUCACAUCGUCGAGGCGCACGUGACGGCGCAGAUCAUUCGCCGGAAGAUCACCAAGGAAGGGGAGGUACUGCCAUUUUUCCAGCAGCAUUUGGAGGUUAGUUGCGAUAACGGAGACGAUCGGCUGAUGUUUAUCUGGCCAUCUAUCGUCGUUCAUAAGAUCGUGAAAGGUAGUCCACUGUACAACCUGUCCGCCCAGGAUGUGCUUCGGGAACGGUUUGAAAUUGUCGUUAUGCUUGAGGGUGUGGUGGAAUCAACCGGCAUGACAACCCAGGCUCGCAGCAGUUAUCUUCCAUCGGAAAUCCUUUGGGGUCAUCGAUUCGAGUCGGUGGUGACAUUCAAGCGAGACACCGGAGAGUAUGAGGUGGAUUACACCAUGUUUAACAAUACGUACGAGGUGGAUACGCCGCUGUGCAGUGCCCGUCAGCUGAGUGCAGUCAAAAAGGAACUCAGCAAGCAAAAUGGCACAGCACCCACUUCGUCGAGUGACGAAUCCGACACAUCGUUCUCAUCGGAUAACGGAUCGACGACGGCGCGAUCUUCCAACAAACAGCCGCCGGCAACGCGGCAAAACGGUUUUUUGCAUUUGAAUCUUAACGCUUCCCAACAGCAGCGAACAGGUGUAACCUUUGCUAGUGCUGGGGAUGUUAGUAAUGUUAGUAGGGGUGGUGGUGGCGGUGGUGGUGGUGGUAUUGUUGAUGAGCUAACUAGUGUUACCGUUGUUUCCGAGGGGUCGCCUUCGACGGCACAGAGGCAACGGAUCGCUCGCAUGCUUUCUGUCAAGGAGCCAUCGCUGGAUUCGUUGUGCUGAUUGGGGAGUUAGCGGGAUGGUCACAGCAGGCUGUGUCGAAGAUGCUUCAGCGGAUGUACAUGUGUUUUGCAGUCGAUGAUUUGUGAUGUCUCCCCCGAAUCAAAGUGUGCUGUGAGUUAUGUGUGAGCCGGGCUGAAGAAGUGGACCGACGGCGAAAGUGGAGUAGAGUAGAAACUUCCUGCGGAUGCUGCAGAGCGGAAUCGUUACUAUCUACUUGUGUAUGUGUUUUUUUGUGAAUUGAAUUAGGAACUGGUGCGCGUCGUCGUCGGUGGGUUUAGCGCCGAAAGAAAGUCAAAGCGCAAAAGUCAGAGGUUAUCAUUGAUUCUCGUGCGUGUUUUUUUACAAUUUUACCUAGGGCAAACUUUUCAAAAGUUUUAUUUUUCCAUUUGAGCAAGCUCAGCGUAGGUUUAUGCAAUUUUACAUAAGAUACAGGAAUAGCGCAAUUUUUUUUAUUAAUUUCAACCAGCGAUUUUGUUAUUAAGUUAAGGAAUUGCCGAUCAAAGAGAAGCUAUUGAAUCGAAUUCAACAAAUUGCUAGUGCGUAAACGUUAAGGAAUCCGCCAAUACUUCAUAAGAUCAACAGUAAAUUAUUUCUAAUAAAGUGAAUCUCAAAGAAA